AUGUCCACUUCAGAAGAACCUCUGCUAGGCGGCUCGGACUAUGACUCGGGUGACAAGUCUCUUCCCGAGUGGCGACCCAGCCGUCUGUCACCAUCAAGAACAAGACGCUACUUCGUGGCCUGCAUAUCCUUGGUACUGGUAGCAUUGGCUGGUUUCUUGUUUUUCCUUUGGACGACGCGACAUGCGCCGGGUCUCUCCAUCACCCCGGAGGACGUCCCGCCUCCGCUCAUAAUACCUCCUUCGAAUUCUUCACCGAUACUCGAAGUGAAUCUACUGGACCCUUUAUUAUCUCUGAAAGGGCCUCCCACGGCAAGUUUCAGAGACAACUUACGACCGGAACUUCAGUAUAUAACAUCGUGGCCAUCAGCAGGCUGGACCAACGAUGUAAUGACCUAUGGAAACCUCAUCUACCUUGCCCUAAUAACCGACCGUAUACCUGUCAUUCCUAUGUUUACACCGUCUCAUAUCGGCGGAGCUGUACCACCUAUACCUUUUGGCGAAGUAUUCGACGUGCCGCGACUGCGCAAACUCCUCGGCCGACCAGUCCUUGAAUGGCGCGAAGUCAAAGACACCUCAAGCGAGACUGUCGACGAUAUUGGCUGCUGGAACCUCUGGGAAUCUGUCCAGUAUUAUGAGCACCGCCCACGCGGUAGUUCAGUGCCUACUCACCUCAAACUCGACAUCUCCUACACCAAAACACCCGACUGGACAAAGCGGAUCCCCAACUACGAGCACGACAAAAGCAGCACCUUCUGGAGUCUCGCCAGCCUCGCGUUCCCUGAAACCCGAGCCAAGAAUCUUGUCCCACCACUAGAGUCCCCCGAACACCAUGUGUCGCUUCCCCCCGACGAGCAGAUGUUGUGCUUCGACUAUUUGUACUAUGUUUGUGCUAAUGAGGCUUUCGAAUGGGACAAGGAUUACGGCCCUGCAUGGCGAUAUGUAGGGCAACACAUGAGGUGGACCACUGCACUGCAAGGCCUGGCCGAUGACUAUGUUCGGGCCACUAUCGGUGUAACGGACGAGGACGAGCCAACGCCACCUUUUAUAUCUAUUCAUGUACGACAUGGCGACUUUGCGGUAUAUUGCGGCGAUCGCCCGGUCGAGGAGUGCUUUGCUCCAAUCUCGGUCAUAGCUCGCCGUGUGCAGGAGGUCAAGGACGAACUAAAAACGCGCAAGGGCAUCGAUGUCCGCCAUGUUAUUAUGACAAGCGACGAAAGGAAUACAACGUGGUGGGAUCAGGUGACGGAGCAAGGUUGGCUGCAGGUCAACCAUUCGAGGACUGCCGAGCUGUAUGGGACCUGGUACCCUCUGCUCAUUGACGCCGUGAUUCAAUCGGGGGGGAUGGGGUUCGUCGGAACGGACACAUCGACCAUGUCAAUCCUCGCGCUCCGAAGGGUCCAGUCAUGGCGAGAUGGCGCGACGAGGAUGUUCAAGUGGGGCAGGCCAGAUUCGGAUGAUCAUUAA